AUGCAAAAACUGACGGAGCGCAUAGACGACCUGAAGCAAAGAAUAGCUGCUUGGGGAAAGCGGAUUCGGCGAUAUACCGAGAGGUCGACACGGUUCAACCAGAAUCGUCUCUUCCAGAGUGAUCAGAAGAGGCUCUAUAAAUCAUUGGAGCGACCAAUAGUAAGUGGAACGGGCCCUGCACCAAAUCAGGCCGACAUGGUCGCAUUCUGGCGCAGCCUGUGGUCAGAGCCCGUAAACCACAACGAGGGCCCUUGGACGGAAGUUGUGGCGAGUCAGUGUGCGAGUAUUACGCCCAUGGACCCCGUCAUCAUAACGCCGGAUGACGUAGCUGAGGCGGUCCGUAGGGCCCCGAACUGGAAAAGUCCGGGGCUUGACGGGCUGCAUCACUACUGGCUGAAGGGGUUCAUGGUGUGUCACUCUGUGCUCGCCCGACAGUUUCAAGAGGCUCUCUACCAGAAGUCGCUCCCAAGCCUCUUCACUACUGGGAUCACUCAUUUGGUUCCUAAAGAUCAGGGUGCCACAGACCCGAGCAAAUACCGCCCCAUCACGGCAAAAGGGGAAGAAACUGCAGGGAUAGCGUAUCGGGCUUGGAUGCAUUGCUUUUUUCCUGAGCUGGAGCCGUCUAUUCCCAUCACGGAACAAAACCUGGCAGACCGAGUUCGGUACAUCAUGCGCUCGAAAAUAUUUGAUGAUGCUGAGCUCGAACGAUUACAACGUGAGGCCAUUCCCUCAUCGAUUGAAUUGGCUACGGCGGGGGCUCCUCAGGUGACAGACCAGCAUUCACGCGUGGAAGCCGCCAUGGAUCUUCUAGUUGUGGUUGUUUCGGACGAUGAUGAUAUGGUCUUCCGAGAACUAGAGCAAAAGAGGAGUAUAUUGGAAGAGGCGAUUUUGGAAACGCGCAGCAUGCCUCUCAAAAAUCGGCCGCGACUUCCCCGCACACUCCUAAGCAAGCAAAAUCGGGCUGUCGUGAGGGCUCUUAACCCAAUGCUGGUGACCUAUUUGGAAGUCAGCCGAGACCUUUGCGAGACUUUUCUUAUUGGCGCCGCACUGGCAGUCUGCCGUAUUAUUGGCGCCAACUUCCCAUGGCUGGACUCGCUACUAAACAAAUUAGCGUCAUCCCAGCCAGGAGAAAAAGAAUUGAGGACCGUAUCGCAAAGGCAAGGGCCCUUAUCGGCAGACUGA